AUGGCUGCCUCGGAAAGAUUAAUCGAUGCUGCUGAGGUUGCCAAGCACAACACCACGGAAAGCUGCUGGGCAAUUUUAUAUGGGCAAGUCUGGGAUGUUACAGACUUCUUGCCAGAGCAUCCCGGCGGUGCCAACAUCGUGCUGAAGUUGGCUGGGAAAGAUGCCACUGAAGAGUAUGACCCUGUACAUCCACCAGGUACCUUGGAAGAGAAUCUGGAUCCGUCAAAAUGCUUGGGUCCAAUCGACCCGAAGAGUUUACCAGAGCCUGUCCAAGCAGCGAAGAAUAUUGGCCCAGAAGCAGAUGACAGCAGACAAGUUCCACUCGCAAACUUAUUGAACUUGGAUGAGAUUGAGGCAGCUGCCACGAAGAAGCUGAGCAAGAAGGGUUGGGCGUACUACUAUUCAGCCUCUGACGAUCUUCAGUCAAAACACCUAAAUAAUACAGUCUACCGCUCCAUAUUGCUUCGGCCUAGGGUCUUUGUGGAUUGCAAAGAAUGUGACCAAUCGACCACAUUCCUAGGUCACAAGCUCGAUACACCUAUCUACGUCUCACCCGCAGCAAUGGCAAGGUUGGCUCAUCCCGAUGGUGAGUGGGGCAUCGCUCAGGCAUGUAAGAACUAUGGUGCUAUGCAAAUCAUCAGUAAUAACGCUUCAAUGACACCAGAGCAAAUCGUGCAAGAUGCAGGGCCGAACCAAGUAUUUGGCUGGCAGCUGUACGUUCAGACCGAGCGCAAGAAGUCAGAAGACUAUCUAGCACGCAUCAAUAAGCUUGAUGCCAUUAAAUUCAUCUGUUUGACACUUGACGCACCUGUUCCAGGCAAGCGCGAAGAUGACGAAAGGAGUAAGAAUAUCACUGAAGAUACUGACGAGGCAAUCAAGGACGCCGGUGGCCAGAAACUCAAAGGUGGAGGCGGAAUCGGUCAAUCACUCUUCUUCGGCACGGACCCAAGUUUGACGUGGAAAGAGACGCUGCCUUGGCUGAAGAAGCAGACUAACAAGCCGAUUAUUCUCAAGGGACUUCAGACUCAUGAAGAUGCGUAUAUUGCUGCUCAGCACGCGCCACAAGUACAAGGUAUCAUACUCAGCAACCACGGCGGACGCGCACUGGAUACAGCGCCACCUUCGAUUCACACCUUGCUCGAGAUUAGGAAGUACUGCCCGGAAGUCUUCAGCAAAAUAGAUGUUAUCAUAGACGGCGGCAUAAAGCGUGGAACGGAUAUCGUCAAGGCAUUGUGUCUGGGUGCGAAAGCAGUCGGCAUCGGCCGCGGAGCGCUCUUCGGCCUUGGUGCUGGUGGUAUAGAAGGUGUCGAGCGAACACUGGAGAUCCUGCGAGAUGAGACUGCAACAUGCAUGCGGCUCUUGGGCGCCAAGACUGUGCCAGAAUUAGGACUUCAUUUCAUCAACACGAGAGCUGCGGACCGGGACAUUUACGAUGGUCCAGCGAAUCUGCCUGGUAUUGCUGGUGCUGUGCAAGGUUUGGUGGCUAGAGCGAAGUUAUAA